AUGAAUGGAGAGUGUUGCCAAUAUUCAGAAACAAAUCCAAAUGUAGCUUUUUCUCAAGAAACUGGAAUUAAAGAAAAUGACAUAAACAUUUAUAGAUCCCAUAAAGUUUAUAUGGGUUAUUUGGAUUUGUAUUUUUGUGUUAUUGAUUUUAGAGAGACAAUAUUUAUUUCAGUAAAUGAUAACAAUAAUGAAUUAAACGAUUUACAAGCUUCCUACCCGAUUAAAUAUGCAGAUGCAGACAACAUUAUUUGCUUGAUUGGAGAACCACACUCAUAUGGAAAUGACGUAGCUAAUCUUUUGGGAAUGAAGUUUAAAAUUCCUUUUUAUGUGAGUGUCAAUGUAGAUGAGAGUGAUGAAAAUUUGACUAAUUUUAUUUUUUCAAGUUGCUUGGAAAUAGUAAAACCUUUAUUUGAAAACAGAGAAAAUAAAUUGAUAUAG